AUGAGCAUGAAAACCUCUCCGUUCGAUCUGGCCACCUGCGCCAGACCGAACAUUCUCAAACUGCAACCCUAUCGAUGCGCCCGAGAUGACUACAAAGACGACGGAACCAACAUUCUUCUCGACGCCAAUGAGAAUGCCUAUGGUCCAAGCUUAGCAAAAGAUAACCAUGGCUUCUCCGCGUUUGGCUCUCUCAACCGAUACCCUGAUCCCCACCAGAUCCCAUUGAAAGAGCAGUUCUGCCGAUUGAGAAACACUCAUACCCACACAAGCAAAGAUCUCAAGCCCGAGAACAUGUUCACGGGAACCGGUUCAGACGAAGCGAUUGACGCCUUGUUCCGUUGUUUUUGCACUCCGGGCAAAGACAAGAUCCUUACCUGUCCUCCUACCUAUGGCAUGUACUCGGUGUCCGCCGACGUCAACGACAUUUCCAUCGUCCAGGUCCCACUUCAACCCGAGGAUGGGUUCUCUCUACAGCCCGAGGCCAUCUGCGACAAGCUCUCCUCCGAACCUAACAUCAAGAUGGUGUAUAUCACUUCCCCAGGCAACCCCACGGCUGCUCUGAUCAAAAAGGAAGACAUACGACAGAUACUGGAGCAUCCUACCUGGAACGGGGUGGUGAUCGUGGAUGAAGCAUACAUUGAUUUCUCUCCGGAAGGAUCCAGUCUGGCCGAAUGGGUGUUGGAGUGGCCCAACUUGGUCGUACUGCAGACUCUCAGCAAAGCAUUUGGACUGGCCGGGAUUCGUCUGGGAGUAGCAUUCACCUCCAAGGAGAUUGCAGCAUUGCUCAACAAUAUCAAGGCACCUUAUAACGUUUCAGAACCGACCAGCGUCAUUGCAAUCCACGCAUUACAAGGUGAGGGUUUGAAAGUCAUGGAAGAGUACAAGGCCAAGAUCGUGGCACAGCGCGACCGAAUGCUGAAAGAACUGCCCGGAAUUCCAGGCAUUGGCCGAAUCCGAGGAGGAACUGCAUCCAACUUCUUGCUGGUGGAGAUACUGGAUAAAGCAGCACAAGAUGGAGGACAGCCUGACAAUGUGACAGCAGUUCAACUUUACGAAAUCAUGGCAGAGAAGCGGGGAGUAGUGAUGAGAUUCCGUGGCAAGGAAUUGGGGUGCAAAGGUUGCGUACGAAUAACAGUGGGUACGGAGAAAGAGGUUGAUCGAUUCUUGGUGGAGAUCCAGUCGGUCCUGCAGCAGAUCUUUCAAGGUCGAGGCUUGGAGCAGAACGGAACCAACGGUUUGGCGAGCAGUGGAGAUUCAGAGGAGAAGCGUGAGGCACAGGCCAAUGCUGUGAUUGCUUGA